CUAACUAACUGAUCGGCUAUUGUCACUACCUCUCUAUCACGGCACACAGUACUGAUAAUCUUCCACUAGAUGGUGGGCUAGCACCACACACACAUGCAUGUCCAUUGUCUGCACAUCCUAUUCUAGCCUGCUUACCUAGAAGACAUGGGAAAUAUAAAGGAUUUCCGAGUUUUGAAAACGAAAGCAGACCUGCUACUUUUCUCACGGGCACGACGAAGAGACACGAUUCAGCAUGGCAGCCAACGACAUUUUGAGAAGUAAUAAGACAUCCAUUCUGGAAACGUUGUGUGCAGACUACAGGCUAAUCCUCAACAAAGCUGAUCAGAAGAAGUUGAUAACUCGACGUGAGUACACAAAUUUGAAAAGCAUCAACAAACUAGAUGAAGAGGGCCACGUUGUGGAGUUGGUGGAUAAGAUCAUGAACAAAGGAGAGGAGGCCUGCUUAGCCUUCCUGAACCUCCUGCAAACUGAUGAGGAUAUCCAGAAUACUUACCCUGAGCUGAAGAACAUACUGAAUAACGAACACUGCCUCUUACCAUACCCGGUUCAGGCUUGUUCAGUUGACAACACCGAUAAUCAGCCACAAAGGCGAAAGGAGGACGGGCAGUAUGAGUUGAACAGCCAGCCCACCGGCCUCUGCCUGAUCAUAAACAACGUACAUUUCAGGGAUGGUGGAGUGAGACAUGGAACCGAUAAAGAUGCUGAAAGCUUGGCAAAGGUGUUCAGCUGGCUGAGGUUCAGAGUGCUGAUGUGUGAAGACCAAACCAAGGACCAGAUGGAGCGAGCGCUGGUAUGCUUUGCUUCUCAGUGCAACUUCUCUCAGCUGCAGGAGUUCAAUGUCAAGGAGUGGACUUGCAGCGGAUUCACCAAUCUUCAAGAGGCUCCUCGGCAUGGCGAUGCCUUCAUCUGCUGUGUUCUGAGUCACGGAAACAAGGGUGUCGUAUUGGGGAUUGAUGGGCAGCCCCUCCCUAUCAAACAAAUAACGACAACCUUCAUGGCAACUCCUCAAUCUCCCCUCACUGCCAAGCCCAAAGUGUUCCUGAUCCAGGCCUGCCAGGGACGGCAGAUACAUCCUGGGGUGUUAUUAAAAGGUCUGCAGGCUGAUGACUCUCACUCGACAUCCAUCCCUCAGGAAGCAGAUUUUCUAGUUCAUAGUGCCACUGUUGAAGAUUAUAAUGCUAUACGAAGCAAAACGGAGGGGAGCUGGUUCAUCCAAUCUGUCUGUAACCAGCUAAAAGUAGGCUGUCUGAGGAACGAAGAACUUGAAAUUAUCCUCCGUCGGGUGAACAAUGAAGUAGCCGGGAAAGAGGGCGGUGCGAUGCCUAGUGCAGUAAAGCAGAUGCCCGAAAUUAGGCACACCCUGAGGAAGGGUCUUGUGUUGACUCCAAAUCGCAACUGAAGCUUCAUCGCCAAAAAUAAUGCAAACACACUAUACACAAUGAAUGAAUGAAAACUUUAUUACAGAGUCAGGGUCCAGAUAAAAGACAAUACAUUACAUAGAUAAAAUACAAGGCAUUACACAUAAUAAAUUACAUACACAGCAUAAAAAAAAAAUUUAAAUCAGGAAAUGUAAUACAUUUAUCCUCUUUGGUUCUAAAGAUCAUGACAGCACUCUUACUGGCGUUGUAUUUGAUGUCAUGUUCCACACCAUACACAAUGUCUUAGUGUGGCGUUUUCUUAAAAUGCAUUCUAUCUUUUUUAUUUUUCUUAAUCUCUAUUUUUCUAAUCAUCACUUUGAAUAAUUGUAUUUUAUAUUGUCACAGAUUUUGGUUGCAGAAUAAAUCUGUUUUUAUACCCAAAGAA